UACGCACACUUAUACCACAUUGAAUUUUCAAUCUUCCUUAUCCGCUGAAAGCUUAAAAUAACCAAGUUAACUACCACUCAAGAUAUCUUUCAGCUAUCCAUAGUCUUGAAGCUAUAUUUCCCGCCAAGUAAUGCUGCUUCAGCUUCAGUGUCUGUGCCUCUCUUCCUCCUCCUCCUCCUCCUCCACCAAAACCACCAAACCUAAAACCCUCUAUCCCACUCCAAACCAACCUCCCCACUUCAUCAAAUUCCGUACAUCCCACCGCGAAAACCUCCGCUACCUCAAAACUCUCGGCGUCAUCGACCCACAAACCAAGCCCAACAACCUCCCACUCCCCGACGACGUCGACCAAAUCCUCCUCACCGUCGAUUUCCUCAAAUCCAAAGGCUUCUCCGACUCCGAUUUCCCAAGGCUCGAAUUCCUCUCUCCCGAGCUCUUCUCUUCCAACCUCGACCCCACCGACAUCGCACCUGUCUUCGAUUUCCUCGCCGCCGAUCUCUCCGCUUCCGUGGAAGACACGCGCCGUCUGAUCCUCCAGUGCCCUCCCAUUCUCUUCUCCGACGUGGAGUACUGUCUCCGACCGACGCUACAUUAUCUCCGGAAACUGGGCUUGGAGAGGCUCGACAGGCCCACGAGCCUGAAUGCCCAUCUGCUGAAUACCCGGGUCGAGAAGCUACGGAUGAAGAUCGGGUUUUUACGGAGAAUCGGGUUGUCGUACGACGAGUCGUCUAGGGUUUGCGCUCGGGUGCCGGCGAUAUUCGGAUACAGCAUUGAGGAGAAUCUGAAGCCCAAGUACGAGUAUUUGGUUAUGGAGAUGGAGAGGAAUUUGGAAGAGCUGAAAAAGUUUCCGCAGUACUUCGCUUUCAGUUUGGAGAAGAAAAUAAAACCGAGGCAUUUGCAUUUGAAGCAGAGGAAUGUCCGAAUCCCUUUGAAUCGAAUGUUGAUUUGGAGUGAUCAAAGAUUUUAUGCGAAAUGGAAAUAGAUUUAAAAUUCAAUUGAAUUUCUGUUAGCUUGAUCGAUGGCUAUGGAAAGCCUCUUCUUUUUAUUCUUCUUUUUUUCCUAUGAAUUUCAUUACUGAAAUGUUCUUAUA